AUGCAACAUGUCGCUGACCACAUAUCCGCCUCUGUCCUCACCAGAUACAUUGCCGAGUUGCACAAGCGCAAGCAGUCUGAUGUGUUGCGCUUCCUCCUCCGUGUGCGAUGCUGGGAGUACCGCCAAUUGAACGUCUGCCACCGCGCCAGCCGCCCUUCGCGACCGGACAAGGCCCGUCGAUUGGGUUACAAGGCCAAGCAAGGCUACGUCAUCUACCGCAUCCGAGUCCGCCGCGGUAACCGCAAAAAGCCCGUCAAGAAGGGUGCCACCUUCGGCAAGCCGACCAACCAGGGUGUCAACCACCUCAAGUUCCAGCGCUCGCUGCGAUCGACCGCCGAGGAACGUGUCGCCCGUCGAUGCGGCGGUCUCCGUGUCUUGAACUCGUACUGGAUCAACCAGGUCAGUCCGAGCUACUCGUUUCCAGCUCUUGAGAACCGACGAGCUGACAGCGCCGUGCCCCGCCCUCCCGCCCUCCGCCCACGCUGCCACCCCCCACCCCCAAACAGGACGGUGUCUACAAGUACUUCGAGGUCAUCCUCGUCGACCCUUCGCACAAGGCCAUCCGUCGCGACGCCCGCAUCAACUGGAUCUCGAACCCCGUCCACAAGCGCCGCGAGGCCCGCGGUCUCACCGGCGCCGGCAAGAAGAACCGUGGUAUCGGCAAGGGCCACCGCUACAACCACACCCCGCAAGCCGCGACCUGGCGCAAGCACAACACCCUCUCCCUCCGUCGUUACCGAUAA